GAGGGCAACGCGGUGCCCGCCGCGGCGGAGUUCAAGGUCGGGGACCACGCCGAAGCCCCCCUGGCGGACUGCUGCCGUCACACUGCGCCAGGGGGAGAGCUUGAACAGCCCGAUCAUCGACGAGCUGCCGGCCCGCACCAGCCUCGUCGUUUUGGAGGUUGGGCAGGGGCGCCGCAUGAAGGUCUCCGCGCACGCAUACCAGGUGGGAAUGGAGGGCUGGGUCAGCAACAGGACCAAGGAGAACGAGCAGCUGGUCGUCAAGACACAGGCCGCAGGCCGCGCCGCGGCCGCGGCGGCCACCGGGGGCGCGGCCGACCUGGAGCGCGCCGCGGAGGCCGUGCGCGGCGCCGUGCGGCGGCACGGCGCGGGCGCCCCAGAGGCGCAGGAGGCG